AUGACGUGCUCAAAACGUGUUGCCCCCCCCCACACACACACACACACUCUUGAGUUCUCUUUCGGCCCCACUACUAUUUUUAUAUUCAUUUUCCUUUAUCUAUCUAUCUAUCUAUCUAUCUAUCUAUCUAUCUAUCUAUCUAUCUAUCUAUCUAUCUUCUGUUCAUAUCUAUCUAUCUAUCUAUCUAUCUAUCUACUUCUGUUCAUAUCUAUCUAUCUAUCUAUCUAUCUACUUCUGUUCAUAUCUAUCUAUCUAUCUAUCUAUCUACUUCUGUUCAUAUCUAUCUAUCUAUAUAUCUACUUCUGUUCAUAUCUAUCUAUCUAUCUAUAUAUCUACUUCUGUUCAUAUCUAUCUAUCUAUCUAUCUAUCUAUCUAUCUAUCUAUCUACUUCUGUUCAUAUCUAUCUAUCUAUCUACUUCUGUUCAUAUCUAUCUAUCUAUCUAUCUAUCUACUUCUGUUCAUAUCUAUCUAUCUAUCUAUCUAUCUAUCUACUUCUGUUCAUAUCUAUCUAUCUAUCUAUCUAUCUACUUCUGUUCAUAUCUAUCUAUCUAUCUAUCUUAUAUAUCUGUUUGUUUCCGUCUUUAUUUUUCUUUCUGUACCACUAACCUCUUUCGAAAACUAUCUAAUCCCGUUAUCUGUCUAUCUAUCUAUACCUUUCUUUAUUUUUCUGUUCCUCUUUUGAGUUAA